AGGCCGAACCCCAACGGGACCACGGACCUUUGCCUUGGGUGGCUUCCCGCUUAUGCCAGAUGUUGAUGAUGAUCGACCGGAUUAGUCGUUUCCAAGAUCCGAACUGUUCAAGAUGUUGGCCGCGAUAGCACUGGUGCUGACGAGUUUACUAUUCGCAACAGGACUGGGUCAGUUGCUUGACCCGGAGUACAUCGGAGCAGCAACUGCCACGGGGGACGUAUUCGAAGUGCUUCCGGACACAAGUUGGCAUCAUUACUCCUAUCCGCCACCUCGUCCGCCGCGAAUUCGCCUUGUGAAAAAACCAGCCCACCAGAAGACAUCUCCGUUGCAAGCGGUCCAAAAAGUGAUCGUGGCGAAGCCCAGUUCAGGAGUGUACACGUCUAUGUCCAGCCCAGUGGGAUCGGUGGCAUUGGCAUUGAUAUUCCAAGCCGUUGGAACCUUAUUUUUCAUGGUUAUUGCUAAGAUUAUGAUAGGAAUGAAAGCAAUACUUGUUACGAAUACCGCCACCUUAGCCUUGGCACUGUGGGAUCAUCUGAAGAAAAAGAAACUCAAAUUCCAGAAGAAAAAGGUUGUGGUACAUAAACCGGUGAAGGUGAAGAAGAAAAAGAAGAAAGAACAUGGCCAUACGCAGUGGGUUCAAUUGUCCAAGAAACAGAUGAAGAAAAUUAUCAAAUUGUUAUCGAAGAAGAAGAAAAAUAAAAACUAUCAAAACUGGUCAGCUCGGUUAAAAUUCUUCGAAACAUUUCCUGUUAUAAAGAAUUCGACGUAG